UCAGCGAACCAGAUAUUCCGUUUCUAGCUGGUGACAGUUGACACCGGUUUGUUUGUGGGAGAGGAACUGGCAUCGAAUGGCAUCGAAAUGGAGAUUAUUUAUUCCCGCAACCGUACAGCGUACAUUCCAGUUGAUGUAGAGCAGUGCAAGGGUACAGAUCGAUAAGAUGUGGUGGUUAUGGUUGAUUCUGGUGCUAGCAGUGGUGGGCCUUUUACAUCGCUGGAUUCUUCAUCGCCAUCGUUUCGCCCAGCAUCUACCGAACAUGCGUCCGUACUAUCCUAUUAUUGGUAACGGGCAGCUAUUUAUGGGCAAAUCGCGUGUCCAACUGUUCAACGUACUUAUGGUACCGUUUCAAGAAUUUGGUGAUUGGUUUAAAAUUUGGCUCGGUCCCAAGCUGGUGCUGUGUACGUCCCAUCCCGACAUCAUGCAUGCGGUCCUCACACAUCCCGAGUGUCUGGAAAAGCCAUUUUUCUACGAUUUUGUAAAACUGGAGCAUGGAAUAUUUGCCGGCCAUUAUCAUCCAUGGAAGACUCAGCGCAAAGCACUCAAUCCAGCAUUUAACACGCGCAUACUGCACAGUUUCAUUCCCGUGUUUGUGGAAUGUUCCAAGCUGAUGGUUCAACAAAUGGAGAACAGCAUGGGCGCAGAUGGUCAAUCACUAUCCAUCUUUCCCUUCAUCAGCAAGUGCACGCUGGAGAUGGUUUGUGGCACAACGAUCGGGUGUGAUGUGUUGGAGCAACCCGGCAAGGAAACGUUCAUAGAGAAUGUGGACCGAUGUUUUGAGCUGGUAGCGAAACGCAUGCUGAAUAUUCAUCACUAUAUAGAGGUUCUUUAUCGGUUCACCAAAGACUGCAUAGAAGAGGCCGAGCGCCGUACUUCCUGUUACCGGUUCUUUGAGUCGGUCAUAGAAAAAGCCAAAGCACGUGUGCAGUCCGGUAGUGACGUGGCUGAUGAGUGUGCCGAUUACAAGCGACCGCUAAUAUUUGCCGACCAACUUUUGUCUGUGCAACACAACGGGAAUCCUUUUACGGAUAUAGAAAUCACGCACAACAUCUACUCGAUGAUCGCAGCGGGCAACGAUACCACCGCGCUACAGGUGACGCACACGUGUCUGUUUCUUGCCAUGUUUCCGGACAUUCAGGAGCGUGCGUACCGUGAGGUGAUGGAUGUCUUUCCCGACCCGAAACAGGAUAUUACGCUGGAGGAUCUGAAGAAGCUUACCUACAUGGAGCGCGUAAUAAAGGAAAGUCUUCGCCUAGCACCGUCCGGACCGAACAUUGCACGGCAAACGAUGCAAGACAUAGAAAUAGCGAAUCUUCGCAUACCGAAAGACAGUCUCAUAGUGAUGAGCAUAUUCGCAAUGCAUCGCCGGAAAGAUGUUUGGGGCACAGAUGCAGACGUGUUUGAUCCGGAUCGCUUCCUACCGGAACGUAGCGUUGAUCGGCAUCCGAAUGCAUUCGUACCGUUCAGUGCAGGAUCGCGCAACUGCAUCGGUGCACGUUAUGCGAUGCUUGGCAUGAAAGUGAUGUUGUCCAGCAUAUUGAGACGGUUACGUUUGCGUUCGAACCUGCAGAUGAAUGAUUUGCAGUUCCGGUUCGAUUUAACCCUCAAGCUUGAAUCGGACUAUUUAGUGGAGGUGGAAAAGCGAGCUCAAACUGCAAGCUCAUGAAAAUAUGUAUUUUUGUGUGUGUAUCGUUAUGUCUCAUUAUGUUUUGAUUUUGUGAAACUAUAUUUCUUUUUAUAAAUAAAAUAAAAUAAAAACUUAUUUUUAUAUUACUA